AGCUCAGUUUAGGCUGGGCAACCGUUGGAGCAGAGGCUAGAGCCAUGGGGGGUUAGGUUAGAGUUGUCUGCAAGAUUAGAAUUUCGCGAUUACCUAUUUUGAUUUUCACAAUCAAAACAGUGUCCGUAGUUCGUGGAGUAUCUGUGGAAACCAGUGCAGUGUUCCGUGAAUCAAUAACAGCUGUGGAUCGUGUGCAGGUGUGAUGACCUAUAUUCGCAAGUGUAAUCAAUGGAUUUUAUUACACCCUUGUGAGUAAUGAGGGAUGAGUUUUAUUACGAUUUAUGUAAUUGUGUGAAGGCUUUUAGAAAUACCUUUUAAAUUAAAACAUUCGUAACAAAUUGAUUCUUGGUCGCUUACACUAAACAAAAAAUAAAUAGGGUAAACAUUAAUUAAAAUUUUGUUUUAAUUAAACAAUUUUUAAUUAAACAACGUUAAUGAGCAAUGUGAACUUAGCUUUCAACUCUUAUUAGUUAAAACGAGUGUUUACAAAGUUGACAACCGAAGUGUCACUGUGUUAGGAAAUCAAAACAUUAAACUUGUGUAUUUUUUAUUAUGUGUCUGUGCCUGAAGGAUCAAAUAAGUGUACCGUUUGGAACCAGGUGCUUGACCCAAAACAAAAAGCUGUUCCAACAUCUCACCAAACCGGAAAACCUGGGACUUACGUUUACAGUGAUGUGAGAUCCGAGCUUGGGUCAUGGGAGCCAACAUGGGCAAGAACUCCUCCUUCCUGGACUCUCUGCCCUCGACCCAGGCUACUCUCCACGUGGUCAUGUUGGGACUGGACAGCGCUGGCAAGACCACCGCACUCUACCGGCUCAAGUUCGACCAGUACCUCAACACAGUGCCCACCAUAGGCUUCAACUGCGAGAAGGUCAAAGGAACUCUGGGAAGAGCGAAAGGCAUCAACUUCCUCGUCUGGGACGUCGGAGGGCAAGAGAAACUACGGCCGCUCUGGAAGUCGUACACCAGAUGCACCGACGGUAUUGUGUUUGUGCUGGACUCUGUUGACGUGGAGAGAAUGGAAGAGGCCAAGAUGGAACUAGUGAGGACCGCUAGGUCUCCGGAAAACACGGGAGUUCCUAUCCUGAUCCUGGCGAACAAGCAGGACCUUCCGGGAGCCAGGGAACCCAAGGAGCUCGAGAAACUUCUAGGACUCCACGAACUGGGCGGGUGUACCCACUCGUGGCAUAUCCAACCUGCCUGUGCCAUCACGGGGGAUGGUCUUCACGAAGGGAUGGAGGCCUUGUACGAGAUGAUUCUGAAGAGGAGGAAACUCGCGAAACAGUGCAAGAAAAAGACUAGAUAAAACAACACUAGUAGCCUGUACAGUCUUCUCCGUCUGUUCUUGUUUUGUUGUAGAUGUUGCUGUUUUGGCAAAGUGUCCGUUGAGGAAGCACAAUGAAGAAUCUUUGCAAAAUUGACAAAAUACUUUAGUGACAACUAGCUCUUCACCGGAUUGAAUGUCUUCUCUCAUUUUAACGCUCAUUCCCGUUGUUAUAGUUUGUGUUACCAAAAAUUACAUAUAAUUUAAAUUUAUCAAGUAACUGUAUACUUUAUUAAACAGAGACAAACAAUUGUUAGCUACAAAAGGUUGACAGGCAUAAAAAGAAUCUGUCAAACAUUCACAGUGAUCACACUUUUCUUUAAUAUAAAACGCCUCUGGGUGAUAUGAAUAUUUUAAGUGUAAUUUCCAACAGUUGAUGAGCAUAAAAGUGUUAAAACCCUCCUAAUUUUCAAACUGUUUUCAACACUUGAAAGGCCAAUUUAUAAAACAGUCCUGUCGAAAACGAGGUCAUAGCAAAACUUAUCGGCUAAUGCAUUGGCACUGUGGUUGGUCGGUUAGUGGUUCACUCGACCUACUUUGGUAGCCAAAUAAUUUAUCGAACUACUUACACUCAAAACUGUUAGUUAACCCAUUUAAGUCAGUGAAUAGGACACUUUGCUUUAACAGUUUUAACCCGUAACCGUUGUACAUAAGAUAUUUCUAUUUAUGUAAAUACCCUUUAGACUGUGUAAACCCACCUAUCUGCGACCAAUUAUAUACGCUAGACGUAUUCAAGCGGGUAAAUAAAUUCUGACGGCGCAAUUUUAAUUUUAAUCGAAAUAAAAUAGUCCAUUAUAUUAAUUUGUGCCUUAUCGUAAUCUUUGGAAGUGACAUUCUUUUGUAAGUGAUAUAGGAAAAUAAAUUCAGAAUUUCGUAGACUGUAGUAAACACUAAUAUAUAUAAUGUUAAAGCACAAAAUAUCUAAGGAUGGAGUUAACCGUCAAUAUUUAAUUUUGAAACAAUUUGAAGUAAUGAUGAAUUUGGAAAUUUGUUUAGUUUUAAUAAUUUAUUCACCCAACUUUUCUGAGAUUUUCAUUCAAUUCAUUCCGGUUCUGCUCUACUAUACACUCAGAGCACUAGAGAUCGAGAUACGCCACGAUUGGAGAUAAACCUGUUUUUGUUCUGGGGUUUGAUUAGUAAACCGGAAAUGAAAUUCGUUGAACCGGAAGUGAAUUUUGGUUCCGGUGGGCAAAGAGAACGGAGAGCGAAUCAAUAUAGGGUCACGAGUUGAGUUCGUGCGAAACGUCUGCUUACGUCAUAAAAUUGCAUAACUAAAAAUUACCACGGUGACCUUUAGAUUUUGAUUCGAGUCUUUUGUUACCAUAUUUGAGUGGCGGAUUUUGCAAUCUUAUAUUGUUUAUACAUCUUUCUACAGAAUUACCUACAUUAAAAUUAUUUAAUACGCGUAAACAAUUUUUAAUAAAAAAGAAACUAUGUUGUUUUAAAAUCAAACCUCUAAUGAAUUCUCUGUUAAAGUUCUCUGUUAUUAAGUUCAAAAAACUAUUAAAAAAACCUCAAUGCAUCAUCAUCAAUUCAAAUUGUUUCUAUUAAUACUCAGUAGGCCUAACUAACCAGCCAUUUCGCAGUUCAGAUUUCACACCACUAUUCGUAUUAGAAAAAAUGCCAGAACAAUAAAUAGAUAAGAUUUCCCAGUAAUAUUCCACAAUAGAAUCUUUCAGCAUAAGCUAGUCACAGUAAACUCUACUCGUAUAUUUUCUUAUACGCUCAUAAUUUUAAUCAACGUAGGAAAUUGUUUAAACUGCAUUUCAUGAAAUGGGUUGUGUUAGUUUGAUAUAUGUGUCAAAUGUAUUAAAACUCUGUUUUUUUCCUACACUUGACAUUUUUUCAACUAAUGUUAUUUUAAACUUGCUAAAUCAGUUAACCCUUCACAUGAAUGUAUAAUCUGCUAUAUUUUGAACCUCUUUCCCUGCGGUUAUAUUUUGUGCAAAAAUCAAAAUUAGUCGUAUCUAUUUUUAUAUAAAACGGCAUAUUUUAAUCGUUUAUGCUUGACUGAAAAUGUUUGUUGUUUUCCGAGUUUGUUUCUAUAUUGAAUGUUUUCCGUGUCGGUGUUAUGCUUUGUUUGUUAUACUAGUCAUGAGAAUUGUUAUUGUAUAUUUUGUUGUACAUAUGAUUUACCAUUAGUUUUGCUCAGUACCGCUUAACCUCGAGUCCGUGACGGGCGGUUUAUGUUUAGAUGUAGAUUUUGUAAUUAAUAUGCUUAAAAUUAUCAUGUUUAUAAAAUAAAGUAUAUAUUUAAUCGUAA